AUGUCCUAUCCGCAGGGCUACCUGUACCAGGCGCCCGGCUCGCUGGCGCUCUACUCGUGCCCGGCGUACGGCGCGUCGGCGCUGGCGGCGCCGCGCAGCGAGGAGCUGGCCCGCUCGGCGUCGGGCUCGGCGUUCAGCCCUUACCCGGGCUCCGCGGCCUUCACGGCGCAGGCGGCCUCCGGCUUCGGCAGCCCGCUGCAGUACUCGGCCGACGCCGCCGCCGCCGCCGCCGGCUUCCCGUCCUACAUGGGCGCGCCCUACGACGCGCACACGACCGGGGUGGCGGGCGCCAUCAGCUACCACCCGUACGGCAGCGCGGCCUACCCUUACCAGCUCAACGACCCCGCGUACCGCAAGAACGCCACGCGGGACGCCACGGCCACGCUCAAGGCCUGGCUGAACGAGCACCGCAAGAACCCGUACCCCACCAAGGGCGAGAAGAUCAUGCUGGCCAUCAUCACCAAGAUGACCCUCACGCAGGUGUCCACCUGGUUCGCCAACGCGCGCCGGCGCCUCAAGAAGGAGAACAAGAUGACGUGGGCCCCGAGGAACAAAAGCGAGGACGAGGACGAGGAGGAGGGCGACGCGGCGAGGAGCAAGGGGGAGAGCCCAGACAAGGCGCAGGAGGGCACCGAGACCUCGGCCGAGGACGAGGGGAUCAGCCUGCACGUCGACUCGCUCACGGAUCACUCGUGCUCGGCCGAGUCGGACGGGGAGAAGCUGUCUUGUCGGGCGGGGGACCCCCUGUGCGAGUCGGGCUCGGAGUGCAAAGAUAAGUACGACGACCUGGAGGACGACGAGGACGACGAGGACGACGGCGAGCGGGACCUGGCGCCGCCCAAGCCCGUGACCUCGUCGCCGCUCACCGGCGUGGAGGCGCCGCUGCUGAGCCCCCCGCCCGAGGCCGCGCCCCGCGGCGGCGGCGGCGGCGGCGGCGGCGGCGGCGGCGGCGGCAAGAUGCCCCUGGGCAGCCGGACGUCGCCGGGCGCGCCGCAGCCCGCCAGCAAGCCCAAGCUGUGGUCUCUGGCCGAGAUUGCCACGUCGGACCUCAAGCAGCCGAGCCUGGGCCCGGGCUGCGCGCCGCCGGGGCUGCCCGCGGCCGCCGCGCCCGCCUCGACCGGGGCGCCUCCGGGCGGCUCCCCGUACCCCGCCUCGCCGCUGCUCGGCCGCCACCUCUACUACACGUCGCCCUUCUACGGCAACUACACAAACUACGGGAACUUGAACGCGGCGCUGCAGGGCCAGGGGCUCCUGCGGUACAACUCGGCGGCCGCCGCCCCCGGAGAGGCGCUGCACUCGGCGCCCAAGGCGGCCAGCGACGCGGGCAAGGCGGGCGCGCACCCGCUGGAGCCCCACUACCGGCCCCCGGGCGGCGGCUACGAGCCCAAGAAAGAUGCCAGUGAGGGCUGCACCGUGGUCGGUGGGGGCGUCCAGCCCUACCUAUAGAAGCCCCAGCUCAGCAAUGCAAGUAGGUGUCACAAUUGCUUUG